AUGUCAACAUAUUCGAAUGUCACCAUGACAUCCACUCGCAUCACGCCAUCGUCAUCGAGAACAAAUCUGCGUGCCGUUGGAGUUGGUGCCUCACAGCAUUCGUCGGCAGCCCUGUCUAAACUGAAUGAGAUGCGCGAUCGUUUGCGUAAAUCGCAGGAGAAUCUGGCGAUGCCAAUUGGGGACGAGAGUGGACUUAACGCGACAUCGUUGCAUAUGUCACGUUCGAGAUCGAUCGGUAACCUACGCUUCUCCACUGCCCCGCAACUCUCCGCAAGUCAACAACAACUGACAUCGGCAGCAAAUGCUCCCACCCCCAACGAUCCAACAGCCACAAUGCCGGGUGCGGAUUUCGAGACGAAACCCGAAUCGCUGAUGAGAAAUCGACAAAUCGCACGUUCAGUGGGCAACCUCAAUAACAGUCCUGGAGCGCAGCAAGCCGUGGGUGAUUCCGCCGAUGAAAGUGUCUCUUAUACGACCAGAAGAGCACCAACAAGGCUUGCGCAGACAAUUGAAAAAUUGAAGAAAGCAAGAAGUGUUUCAUCAGUGGAGGGUAUGCCACGUCCUGGAACGCUGCAGAGCGCAAGACGUAUUUUUGAGCAGCAACGACACGGCUCAACGGGUGUUAUGCGCCGAGCACCGAACUACCUCGCACAGAAACUUGCAUGUGGUGAUGUGGUAGGGCCGGAUAUGGGUGCUGAAGAGUGCCCUCAUCCGUCGUUAUCGCCGAAUGAUCCGUCCACUUCGUUGCCCGACUUCGACUCCAAGUCGUCCGCAUCUAAACGUGAGAUUGCUUGCUUGCUUUUCUUUUCGAAUGUUUUUGUUUUUGUUUUAAUCAAUUGA